ACUGGGGUCUGGAGGCGGCUCCACCGCCAGCAGCCACCCGGCGUGAGCGUCCCCGCGGCGGACACUGCCACAGAGCCAGUUUAAAAGAACAAUAUAGAGGGGGAAAUGGAGCAGAGAUUGCAAGUGUUGCAGGAAGAAUUUGUGGUUGGAGCUUCUCCAUGUGAAGCUGAGCUUCAGGAAUUAAUCUACCAAAUUGACAUCAUGGUAAACAACAAGAAACUGGAAUGGGAAAGGAGGGUGCAAGCUUUAGAGGCAAGAAUGGAUGUCCGGGAUCAAGAAUUAGCAAAUGCCCAAAGCAAGUUGGAUCUGAAAGGUCAAGAGGUAGGUAUACUUCGACAGAAGUUAGACAGCUUGCAGAAGACUAAAUAUGAGAUGGCUCAGGAUUUCGAAGCUCAACUUCAAGCAUUGAAGUCUCAAUUUUGCAGACUCACACAAAGCUAUGAAAAACUACAGUUACACCAGAUAAAACAAGAUAGGGUUCACGGUAAAGAAAUAUGUGCAGAAAAUCUGGAAACUCCAUUUGAACUGAGCAAUUUAAACCAGAAAUUGGAAGAAUUUGAAGCAAAAUCAAGAGAAUGGGAUCAGAAGGAGACACUAUAUCAAAACCAUCUCAUUUCUUUAGAUGCCCAACGAAAAUUAUUGUCUGAGAAGUGUAAUUUAUUUCAGAAACAGACACAGAAUUAUCAGUUCCAAAUAAGCAAUAAGAACCAGAAACAGGAAGAUGCAGCUACUUCCAGCCAAUCCAAAAUUGAGAGAGAUGAGUUCAUUAUUGAAAAAUUAAAGUCAACUGUGAAUGAAAUAGCAAUAAACAGGAAUAAGUUACAAGAGGAAAAUCUAAAGCUACAACAAGAAUUAACAGUGUACCAAACACAGUGCCAGAACGUGGAGGCAGGACUUUCAGAGAUGAGAAAUGAGCUGCAGUCACAUGAUGCCCUCUGGAGAGGGAUGGAAGUGGAAUUCCAGCAGUUGCGUAAAGAAUUAUUGAAAUAUGGAGAAUGUAAAAACAUCCAAGAAAAUCAAAUGAAGCUUCAAUCAGCCUAUGCACAAUGUAUUCAGGAACUGGAAAACAAAAAAGCGGAGCUAUUACAUUUGGAACAACACCAGGAAAGUCAGCAAAAAGAGCUAAACAAGAUAAGGGACCAUCUUUAUCACGAGGAGCAGUCCCAUAGCUCUGAGCAGGAAAGAAUGAGGACAGAAAUCUCUGACCUGACAGAAGAGCUUCAUCAGAAGGAGAUCACUAUAGCAACUAUCAUGGAGAAAGCUACUCUUCUGGAAAGAAAGUUAAAAAUGGAGUUAGAGAUAAAAGAAAAAUUGUUAGCAAAACAACAGAUGUCAGAGAUGAAGUAUGAAGCUAUCAGAUCGGAAAACACACAUUUGAAGAAGAUGAUAGAAAAUUUGCAGUCUAGAAGAUACAUGACUAUAGAUUUAUCUAGCACAGAACAUGAGAGUUACACAGCUUCCAUUCAUGAACUUGAGUGUGAGAAUGAAAGGUUACGGAAUAAUCUUGGUAAAUUGCAGAGUGAUUCGGAAACAUCAAUAUUGGCUGCUCUGGAUAGAUAUGGAGAAACAAAGCAAACUAAGCAAAACCAAUUAGAAAUGCAAGAAAAGGAAGAGAGAACUUUCCAAAAUAAAAUUGAAUGGCAAAUCAAACCUAUGCAAUCUACUAUCUAUGACCUCUGCAGAAACCAAAAUCAUAUUCUACAUGGUCAAGGUGAUGAUAUCAGUACUAAAAGUGGCAGCAGUUUACCAUCUCAGAGACUUAGCAGAGAUCAUGACCAGAAACUAGAUGGUAAAUCUCCAUCACCACCAAUGUUAUAUCCUUCGCACUACAACAGCCCAUUUCCUGAAAAGCAUAGGUGUGAUGUUUUACUGAGCCAUGUGUACACUGUGGAAGAAGUCAACCCAGUGCUUCCCCCAGAGAUGUCCUUACCUACAACUGCAACAGAAAAGUUCUUUCAAGAAGAAGAGAAACGAGCAAAAGAAUUUGAAGAGAUUUUAAAUUCACACAUUGAAGAACUGCAAAGGCAUUCUGAAAAUACUGUCAAAAAAUAUGCCAGGCUAAAGCAAAAUAGACAUAUAUGA